AUGGUUCGAAAGCUACACGAACGCGAAAACUUACACCUUGAGUGGGAAGUUAAGCAGAUGGACGUGAGGUCUGAAGCGCGUGCCGUAUUUCUUAGCACCAACUCCCACGGCAAAGAGGCCGUGAUUAAAGUUGGAAGACUGAAACUCAAAACAGCACUAGCUGGCUUCCUGGGGGAAUAUGUUGCCAGGGACGAAUCCGCCAGUUUAUUCGGUCAAGAUACCCAGCCCGAGAUGGAUCGACUACUAAAGGCAUUCAAAGAGGCAUAUCUCGAGUGCAUGGCAUGCGGCAGACAGCAUGUAAACGAAGGGGCUCGGAAUACUAUUUGGGACACCAAAGAAGGGGAGAGUCGGCGCAACCGCACAUCCGCAUCUUCCACUUUGAAUGACGCGCCGGAAGCUCUCAAUAUCGACUCGCCCUCCACGCAUAUGGAUCUUUUAUCAGUCCUCCCGGACUUCCCCACCAAACCGUAUGCCCAUAUUCUCCCGCCCUUGGAGAGAAGCAAGAUAACCACUGUCGACCUCAUAACCCUCGAUACCCUCGAGAUCGCGAAACGCGCCCACGUGCCUCCCGCCGAUGUUCGUCGCCUAUGCGCAAGUCUCAUCAAGGCGCUCCACCAUGACAUCGGGUUCGAGAAUAUUGAGCAGCCGGCGUCUGCCGACCCGAGCUCCAGUAUCAACGACGACCUGCCCAUCACCCUGGGGCCUACGACGAAGCUAGACGUGACGCAAUGGAGUCCAAUCAGCACUCUCGACAUCGCAUUAGAUGAGCUCUUGGGCGGCGGGAUCCCAACUCGCUAUGUGACGGAGGUGACCGGCGAGAGCGGGAGCGGUAAGACGCAAUUCCUUCUUACGCUGUUGUUGGCCGUCCAGCUUCCGUCGCCUCGGGGCCUAGGCAAGAAUGCCAUCUAUAUCUCUACAGAAGCGCCCUUGUCGACGCCGCGGCUUUCUCAACUCAAGACUUCCCACCCGUACCUGUCGACUUUACCGCGCGAUGAUGCCCCAUCACUGGAAAACAUCCUAUCCAUCAACGCCAUGGACCUCGAGUCCCAAGAGCAUAUCCUCAACUACCAACUCCCCGUCGCGAUCCAACGCCACAACAUCGGCCUCGUCGUCAUCGACUCCAUAACCUCCAACUACAGAGCCGAGCACACCGCGCACAACAUACUAGGCCUAUCAACUCGCUCAGGCGAACUCACCAAACUAGGCCAAAUGCUCCGGAACCUUGCCAUGCAAGAAGACAUCGCAAUCAUAGUCGCAAACCAAGUCUCCGACCGCUUCGACGCCAUGGAGAACCCUUCCACAUUCCCCAGAGGUGCUAUCCCAGGAACCGGAUCCCCAUCGACUCAGUCGCAACAACCCCGCGACGGGGGCACCGCGUCCCCCAUACCAAGAGUUCGGCCCACCGAGUCCGGCAACAUCGAACUACCCCAGCACAACGCCCUGCUCCCGUCUUCCCCCUCCCCCUUCCCCUCCUCGCCCUACACAACUGAAGAGGACCCGCACCAGCAGUUCGACGGCUCCUACAUCGUCGGAAAUCCCGUGCGCGGCGAGAUCCUCAGCCUCCUGCACCAGCAGCGCUUCUUCACCGGAUGGGGCGACACCCCGCAGUCCCAGUCCUUCCCUGUUUUCCAACGGCCAGCCCAGAAGACACCCGCCCUAGGCCUUGUCUGGUCAACCCAGAUAGCAUGCCGAAUAGCCCUAAAGAAAGAACGGCCAUCAGCCACGGAUCCUCUACUGGACAGUACCCCCGUCCCGCCAACAUCAACAUCAACACCAACCCCACAACCAGACACAGACGCUCCCCCAGAACCGGAUUCCCCCGAAACCGCCGCCCCAGAUCCAGAUCCUCCCCGAACAGAAUCCCCCGAAGCCAAAGAUGUUGAGCCCGUCCACGAAUCGAAAACUAGUGCUCCACAACCACAACCCCCGUCUCAAAUCCUCUCGCGGCCCGUCCGCCGCACCAUGAAACUAGUCUUUGCGCCCUGGACAGCCGGAGCAAUAGACUCGCAGAACCAGAACCAGAUCAAGGACGAAGUGAGGUUCACAAUCUGGAAAGGUGGAUUGAGGAGUUGUCAAGAGUAG